CGGAACAAGCAGUAUAGGGGAGGGUGAGCACGGCUGCAUCUUCUUGACAUUUAAAAAAAGUAAUUUCCCCCCAGUGCACGCUCAUGGAUGAAUCCGAUGUAGAGGCUCCAAGGAAGGAAGCCAGAGGUCUCCCUGGUGAAUUUUGGAGGACAAGGCAGAGUCCACAAAGGAGCUCUAAAAGAUGCUGAAUCCCCGUUGGUGAAGCUGAGAUUGGAUUUUAUACCAUCUGAAGAAUAUCAGCAACAUGGCUCUGCUGGACUUUCCUCAUGUCGUGAUAAAGAUGGAAGAAGUCGAAGAGGUGUCCUGGUUCCCAAAUAACCAGGGAUCAGAAGACAGUGGGUGCGUCAGUGAGACUUUUGUGGAGCUUCCUGAUGUGAUUGUGAAGCUGGAAGAAGAAGACGAGCCAUGCGUUCCAUAUUGCCCAGGAUCAGAGGGAAGCAAAAUGCUCCAUGGGGCCCUCUCAGGUAGCAGAAAGUCACCCUUGAUAGGGUCCAGCUUGCCACCUCUUUGCACAGGAGGAGAAAUAGCCAUUCUGCAUAAGCCUUGGGCCAAGGAGACAAGCAAGGAACAUUUUGAAUCCCCCUUAUUUUGUCACAGGAGCUUUUCAGCUGGUGCAAGCUGUCAAAGCAAGGGCUCUGUGUCCUUCAAUGAGGUGGCUGUGUAUUUCAGUGAAGAGGAGUGGGCUUUGCUGAAUUCUGGCCAAAGAGCUCUUUACAGAGAAGUCAUGGUGGAGAACUAUGGGAAUGUUGCCUUUUUGGAAGGAUCUUGGACCUGCAAGCCUGACCUCAUCUCCUGGCUGGAGGAAGCGGGUGAGAUGCUUGCCCAUGACUUUGAUGAAAUGAAGAGCCCAACAGAAAUUCUUCCCUGCUGGAAAAAGGAAUCCAAAGAAGGCACAAUCAGAAGAGAGAUGAAUAUGGAGUUUUUUUCACAGGAAGGCCCUGCAUCAGAAGACAGGCUGGACUGUUUCUUGGUUGAUUCUCAAGAGAACAUUUGUGUUCUGACAGAGUUGGCUGAAAGAGAAGAGUGGGAAUCAAGUCUGGUGGACAUGGAUGGAGACAAGGAUCUGCAGAUGGAAAAAGAAGCUGGUAACAGAGAGAUCCCAAACAGGAAGCAGAGGAUGAACAGAGAAGCAAACGGGAAUCAGAGGAAGGAAUCACUUGCCUGUCUGAGCAGUGACCUCCAUGAAAUUCUGUCUGAAGACAAAAUGAGGGAACAAAGGAAUCAUCAUUCUCUGUAUGAGAAAAAGACUGGCUGCAAAUCUAGCCUUAACAGACAAGACAGAACUGAAACAUGGGAGAAGCCGUAUAAAUGCCUAGAGUGUGGAAAGAGUUUCAGUCGGAGUGACCAUCUUACUUCACAUCAAAGGAUUCAUACCCCAGAGAAACCAUACACGUGCUUGGAAUGUGGAAAGAACUUCAGGAGGAGUGCAAACCUUACGUAUCAUCAAAGGAUUCACACAGGUGAGAAACCGUAUAAAUGCUUGGAAUGUGGAAAGCGCUUCAGUUGGAGAGCAGAUUUUACUUGUCACCAGAGGCUUCAUACAGGGGAGAAACCAUAUAAAUGCUUGGAAUGUGGAAAGAGCUUCAGCCAGAGCGGACACCUUACUUCUCACCAGAGGAUUCACACAGGGGAGAAACCAUAUAAAUGCUUAGAUUGCGGAAAGAGCUUCAGUCGAAAUGCAGAACUUACUUACCACCAGAGGAUUCACACUGGGGAGAAACCAUACCAUUGUGUGGAAUGUGGUAAGAGCUUCAGUCGGAACGCAGAACUUACUUCUCACCAGUGGAUUCACAUAGGGGAGAAACCAUACAAAUGCUUGGAAUGUGGAAAGAGCUUCAGUCGGAGUGACAGGCUAACUUCUCAUCAAAGGAUUCAUACUGGAGAGAAACCAUAUAAAUGCUUGGAGUGUGGAAAGAGCUUCUGUCGGAGGGACAGUCUAACUUCCCAUCAAAGGACUCACACAGGAGAGGAACCUUACCAAUUAGACUUGUUGAAAGAAAUGUUCUUAAUUCCAAUUCACCCAAUUUCUCCCGAGUGGAAGCAGCCAUUCUGUAUCAGGAAGAUGAGCAAGGAAUUGAUUGGGUCCCCUUUUCUUUGCCUCAGGAGCCUUUCUUCACCUGGCUCAAGGUGGCAGAGCGAGGACCCUGUGUCCUUUGAGGAGGUGGCUGUGUAUUUCACAGAGGAGGAGUGGAGUCUGCUGGAUCCUGACCAAAGAGCUUUCUACAAAGAGGUCAUGUUAGAGACAUAUGGCAACGUGGCCUUUCUAGGGUUUUGGACCUACAAGCCUGACCUCAUCUCUUGGCUGGAGGAAGAGGAUGAGAUGUUUGUCCAGGAUUCUGAAGACAAGAAGAGCUCAACAGAUGUUCUUUGUUGCUGGAAAAAGGAGUCCUGCUUUCUUUCUCCCCAAGAAGACCCACUCAAGAAAGAGAUGAGGGAGGAGAGUUUUUCACAAGAAGACCUUGCAUCAGAAGACAAGCUGGAGUGUUUCUUGGGAAGAACUCAAAAGAACACUUCCUUUAAGACAGAGCUGAUUGAGAAAGAUGAGAGAGAAUUAUGUCUAAUGGAUGUGGAAGGAGACAAAGAACUGGAGGUGAAAAAAGAAGCUGGGAAUCAAGAGAUCUCAGAGAAGCAUCAGAGAAGGAACAGAGAAGCAAACCAGCAGAGGAAGCAAUCGUUUUACUUGUUGAAGGGUGACUUUCAUCAGAUUCUGUUUGAAGACAAAAUAGAGGAAGGGGAUCAAGGAAACUGUUACUCUGUGAGUGAGAAAAAGGUUGGCAGCAAAUCUAACAUUAAGAAACAAGAGAGAACUCAGACAUGGGAGAAAGGAUAUAAAUGUCCAGAAUGCGGAAAGAGUUUCAACCGAAGUGACCAUCUGACUACCCAUCAAAGGAUUCAUACAGGGGAGAAGCCAUACAAAUGCCCAGAGUGUGGGAAGAGCUUCAGUCAGAGCAGAAGACUUACUUCUCACAAACGCAUCCACAUGGGAGAGAAACUUUAUACGUGCUUGCAGUGUGGGAAGAGCUUCAGUGAGAGUGGGAACCUUAAUUCACAUCAAAUGAUUCACAGUGGGGAGAAACCAUAUAAAUGCUUACAAUGUGGAAAAAACUUCCGUCAUAGUUCAAAGCUUACUGCACAUCAGAUGAUUCACACCGGGGAGAAACCAUAUACAUGUUUUCAUUGUGGCAAAAACUUCAGUCAGAGUUCAAAUCUUGCUUCCCACCAAAGGAUUCACACAGGAGAGGAACCAUAUAAAUGCCUGCAUUGUGGAAAGAGCUUCAGAUGGAGGGACAAUUUACGUUCACAUCAAAGAAUUCAUACAGGGGAGAAACCAUAUAAAUGUCCAGAGUGUGGAAAGAACUUCAGAAGGAGUGCCAACCUCACUUCACAUCAAAUGAUUCACACUGGGGAGAAACCAUAUACAUGUCUGGAAUGUGGAAAGAACUUUAGAAGGACUGCGGAACUUGUUUUUCACCAAAGGAUUCACACAGGCAAGAAACCCUAUAAAUGCCUGGAAUGUGGAAAGAAUUUCAGCUGGGGUGCAGAACUUACUUCCCACCAGAGGAUUCACACUGGGGAGAAACCAUAUAAAUGCCUAGAAUGUGGAAAGAGCUUCAGUAGGAAUGACAAUCUAAGUUCACAUCAAAGGAUUCACACAGGUGAGAAACCAUAUCAGUGCUUGGAAUGUGGAAAGAGCUUCUGUUGGAGCGCAGCUCUUACUUUUCACAAGAGGACUCACACUGGGGAAAAACCAUAUGAUUGCUUUGAGUGUGGAAAGAGCUUCAGUCGGAGCAGCAGGCUAACUUCACAUCAAAACAUUCAUAAAAGGGAGAAAACAAACAAAUGCCUGGAGUGUGGAAGGUGUUUCAGAAACAGCAGAAGCCUUACUUCCCACCAAAGGGUUCACACAAGAGAGGAACCAUGUCAGUUACAGUUGCUGAAAGAAGUUCCCGUAAUUCCUCUUUACCCAUGUGGUGGGGGAUAUGGAUGUGAAUGGAGAUAUAGAUCUGGAGGUAGAAAAAAAGCUGGAAAUGGAGAGAUCUCAAUGGAGGAGAGAAAGAGGAAAGAAACAAACAAGAAGCUAACUGAGGAAUCAUUUGCCUUUGUGGGCAGGGAACUCCAUGAAAUUGCAGUUGAAGAGAAAACAGAGGAAAGGGAACAAGGGAAUUGUCAUACUCUGAGUGAGAAAAGGGCAAUCUGUAAAUCUAGCUUUAAGAGACAACAGAGAAUUCAAAUAGGGGAGAAACCAUACAGAUGCCUGGAGUGUGGAAAGACCUUCAGUUGGAUUGCAAACCUUAUUUCCCACCAAAGGAGUCACACAGGGGAGAAACCAUAUGAAUGCAUGUGUGGGAAGAGCUAUAGUCACAUCAAUAGCCUUACUUCUCACCAAAGGUUUCACACGGGGGAGAAACCAUAUAAAUGCUUGCAGUGUGGAAAGAGCUUUAGUGAGAGCACAAACCUUAUUUCGCAUCAGCGAAUUCACACUGGGGAGAAACCGUAUAAAUGCUUGGAAUGUGGGAAGAGUUUCAGUUGGGGUGCAAACCUUACUUCUCACCAAAGAAUUCAUACAGGGGAAAAACCAUAUAAAUGCUUGGAUUGUGGAAAGCGUUUCAGACAGAGUACACACCUUACUUCACAUCAAAGAGUUCACAUGGUAAAAUCAUACAAAUGUUUGGAAUGUGGAAAGAGUUUCAGUUCUGGUACAAACCUUACUUCCCAUCAAAGGAUUCACACAGUGGAGAAACCAUAUAAAUGCUUGCAGUGUGGGAAGAGCUUCAGACACAAUGCACAUCUUACAUCACAUCAAAAGUUUCAAGAGAAAUCAUACAAAUGCUUGGCAUGUGAAAAGAGUUUUACUUCCAAUGCAAACCUUAUUUCUCAUCAAAAAAUUCACACAGUAGGGAAACCAUACAAGUGCUUGGAAUGUUGGAAGAGCUUCAGACAAGGUGCACACUUUAUGUCACAUCAAACAGUUCACAUAGGGGAGAAAUCAUACAAAUGCUUGGAAUGCAGAGAGUUUCAGUUGCAGUGCAAACCUUUCUUCUCAUCAAAUGAUUCAUACAGGGGAGAAACCAUAUACAUGCUUGCAGUGUGGGAAGAGCUUCAGUUAAAAAGCACACCUAACUUUCCAUGAAACAAUUCACACUGGGGAGAAGCCAUAUAAAUGCUUAGUAUGGAAAGAGCUUCAAUAGGAGUUCAAACCUUCAUUCUCAUCAAAAUAUUCACACAGGUGAGAAACCAUAUAAGUGCUUAAAGUGUGGAAAGAGCUUUAAUAAGAGUGCAAACCUUAUUUCUCAUCAAAUGAUCCACAUGGGAGAAACCAUAUAAACACUUGGAAUGUGGGAAGAGUUUCAAGUGGAGUACACACCUUAUUUAUCAUCAAAGUAUUAAUGCAGGGAAGAAACCAUAUAACUGUUUAGAGUGUGGGAAAAGCUUUACUCAAAGAACAAACCUUACCACCAAAGAAUUCACACUGGGGAAAAACCAUAUAAAUGCUUAGAGUGUGGUAAGACUUUCAGUUGGGGUGCAAAUCUUACUUCACACCAAAGAAUUCACACUGGAGAGAAACCAUAUAAAUGCUGGGAGUGCGGAAAGAGCUUCAGAAGGAAUACAGACCUUCUCACCAAAGGAUUCACAGUGGGGAGAAACCAUAUACAUGUUUGCAAUGUGGGAAGAGCUUCAAUCGGAAAUUUGGCCUUACUUCCCACCAAAGGAUUCACACUUUGGAGAAACCCUGUGAAUGACGCUAAUCCCAA